AAAAAACAUUAGUAAAUUAGUUUUCUUUUAGCUUCUGACCAAGAAAAAGAUUCAAUUGAAAGGAGAAAGUAGAGAUCUUUGUAGACGAAUUCGGAAAAUGGCUCUAAGCUUUGGAUUGAUUUGAAUAAUUUUUCGAAGAAAAAAAAAAAUUAAAAUGUUUGUUGCUCGGCGUCUUCUUCUUUCCUGCAAACAAAGUGCGAAUCAGGCGGCUAGUUUUCUCCGAGGGUCUGGGUUAUCUAGAAGAAGAGUUCAAUCAUUCAAUUACAGUCAAUCAACAAGACAGGGGACACAUGGAAGGACAGAUCUUAAACCUCAGAUUCCUGUCGGAACAGCUCAAACUCAUUCUCCCUCAAGUGCUCGUUAUGCUGCUCCAGCACUUGCGCUUGGGUUUGCUGGAUUCUUAGCCUUUCUUCAUUACAACGACGAAAGGAGAGCUGUUCCUAAAGGUCAACCAAGCAAUAGUAAUGGCGGUUGUGGCUGUGGCUCUAAUACAACAGUUAGAGGUCCUAUUAUAGGAGGUCCAUUCACGCUUAUGAGUACACAGAACAAGGUUGUCACUGAGAAAGACUUGCGUGAUAAAUGGGUGCUGCUUUACUUUGGAUACUCGUUUUCACCUGAUGUUGGACCUGAGCAGUUGAAGAUGAUCUCCAAAGCUGUUGAUAAACUAGAGGCUAAUCAUGGCAAGAAGAUUCUGCCUGUCUUUGUUACUCUUGACCCUUUGCGAGAUACACCUUCUCAUCUCAACGCCUACUUGAAAGAAUUUGAUGAGAGAAUACUUGGAUUGACCGGAUCAGCAAGUGCAAUGAGGCAAAUGGCACAAGAGUAUCGUGUUUAUUUCAAGAAGGUUCAAGAAGAUGGGGAUGAUUACCUAGUUGAUACUUCUCACAACAUGUACUUGUUGAAUCCGAAGUUGGAGGUUGUGAGAUGCUUUGGGGUUGAGUAUAAUCCAGAUGAACUCGCACAAGAGGUUCUUAAAGAAGUUACUUCCGUUUCACAGUGACCCCAUUUUGACCAAACACUAAAGAGAGAUGUUCACAGAAUGAAACACUAAGUUCCUUUUCUCCUCCAUUGGUCAAAUUUCAUUUAGACGAUUUUGCUAAUACUUUUGGUCAAUGAUGAUCUCUGAUAGUUGCAAUUGAUUCAUCUUCCUUGUUUUCAGUGUGGGCUCAAGCAAAUGUGCCUUUUUAAUUUAGAGAUAUGAUCUUAACAUUAGAUAGUGAAAACUCAAGAUUUAAAUAUUUA